UUUGAAAUCGACAUUGACAGGUCACUAUAAUAACAAAGUUGGUUUUCGGUUUUUACAAAGUAAUGUUUUAUUAAUUGCAUUGUUUUAAGUUAGAUUUAAGAGAUUUACAAGCUGUUUGUGGUAAUUUAUUGGUGAUAUUGUAAAUAACCUAAAAUCUUUACAACAAAUCUCACUGAGGUUAAAGUUCAAAGGUACAGAUCAUCUGUGAUAAGUUCUAACUAAAAUCUGUAGAUGUCCAUAAUUCUCCAAGUUGCUGUAAGUUUACAUUUAAUAUGUGCCGUGUUGUUAGACAAUAAUUGGCACACGUGUACAAAACCUGAUAUUUACUCUCAUUACACCAAGGACUAUGACAAUAUCUGUCGGAGACAUGGGUAUACUGAACUGAACGAGUCGAUUCUGGACAUUCCUGUGUCUAUUCCAUAUGAGGAUGAAGAUAUGGCAAGUAACUCGGGAUUGAAUGGAUUGUAUCGGCCCCGGAGUGCACUGGCUCGAGCUUUGUAUGAGAAACAACGGAAUGACAGGCACCUGCAGGAGUUUGAUCAGAAUGAGUGGUACCGAGUCGACAAAAGCCACUUGAGCCCCGAGUUGCAAGAGAAGUUUGUUCAGCUCGAGCCCGACGAUGAAACGAAGGAGUUCCUCUCGUCUUCGAUCGACAAAUCCUCGUGGGUGUGGACGCAGAUCUGGUACCUACUGGCCAAGGCUGUCUUGAAAUACUUUUGGACCAUCACAGAUAUCAAUGGUUGGCUGGGCCGGGGCUCCAUGUUCGUGCUGUCGUCGUCGCAGGCGCGCCAGCUGCUGGGCGCGGCCGGUCGCGGCGCCAACAACGCCGGCUCGCUGGUGGACAUCGGCGCCGGCGACGGCGAGGUCAGCCGCCGGUUCGCGCACCUCUACACCAACAGAUACGCCACUGAGAUAUCGGCCAGCAUGCGGAAAGCGCUCAGCAGUAAAGGCUUCGCGCUACUGGACACAGAGGAGUGGUGGCGCGAGCAGCGCUUUGACUGCGUGUGCAUGUUGAACUUGCUGGAUCGCUGCGCGCGCCCGCGCUCCAUGCUGCGCCAGGCCAAGGCAGCCAUCGCGCCCGACGGCGUGCUGCUGCUAGCCCUAGUGCUGCCCUAUAAGCCAUAUGUUGAAGUAACAUCAGACCACAAACCUGAAGAGCGCCUCCCGAUCCAAGGCGUCAACUUCGAGGAGCAAGCCGCCUCCUUCAUACAGAUCAUGCGCGACGAGAUCGGCUUCGAGCUGGCGGCGUGGUCGCGCGCGCCCUACCUCUGCGAGGGGGACUUCGCUCAGGCGUACUACUGGCUCGACGACUCCGUGUAUGUCUUCACACCUAUACGUACUUGAAACAUUGUCUUAAGAAGUUCUUAUGCCUCUAGUACCUGGCGUUAAUACUAGCUCAAAGACUUGUCUUAAGUGAUUCUUGGCAUAAGUGCUAACUCCGUGUGUCUUCAUUCCAAUACGUAUUUGAACUACUGAUACUCGAAAUAUUUUCUUAAUAAGUUAUGUCGUAAGUCCAGUGGUGUAGUUACAGUUAUUGUUCUCUCGCCGCACACAUACUAAAUCCAACUAUACUGAAAGUUGUACAAAGUUGCAUAGCGUGAGUUAUCGUCGCCCGGGGGUCGACUGAAAUAAUCUCUCCCCUAUCAACGCUGUUCGUUCAACUUAUUGGUCUAAUAAUCAACUAAUUUAGCCCUAAUACCUGCGAGCUCCAAGUCACUACACCACUGGUCGUGUAUAACUUUAUCGACAUUCACUCGGUUUGUCAACUCGCGAUAGGUCAAAAAACAUAACUUCGUAAAUCUAUUUUUGUCUCAAUGUCCGUUUUGCCCAGGAUCCGUGAAACAUUUUUACAAUUGAUUACUAUCAUGUUAAUUUUCCGUGAGUAGAUCUUAAUGAUACGCUCAACUUUUUUAUUAACGAAAAUUCUUGAUUCUGUUAGCUAACUUUGCACCACGCAAUUUGUAGGACAUUGUGGCUGUUUCGUUGUAUAACUAUUAAUUUAAGCAACAGUAAAAAAGUCUGGUCUUGAACUGGUCUUGAACGUCUGGUUCAAGAUGACUAGAUGGAUCCUGGGCUACUUGUAAAUGCUUCGUUAAAAACCUAGUACUGAUCACCCACCAACAAAAAAUUCAUACAAAAUACAACGUAAGUGCGUCCGUUUUAGGACUUAUGUGCGAAGUCACUAUAAAUACUUUCUUGCGUACCAACUAAUUUAAUGUUACGAGUUACGACUAAUAAUAUUCUAUGUAUGUAUAUUUUUAAUACCUUAUGUAAGAUAUAUUCCUUAUCAAUUCCUGGUACUUAAAUGGUACUUUAAAAAAUCUUUUAUUAACAUUGAAUGUGCUAAAAUAUACUAAAAUUAUUAGGCUAAAAAUAUGAAACAUUCCUAAUUAUUAUGUUAUAUAUGUGAAAACACUAAAUAAGAACUUCUUAUCGUCCAUAUUAUUGGUUUUGAUUUAUCUUAGAUAUUAUAUUAUAUGUAAAGAAUAAAAUAUAAGCGCAAGUUUUUUCUACCUCAUUUUUGAGACCACCAUUGCAUUUAAAACUAGCAAACAUUUAAUGAUGAACUGAGAUAUUUUACAUUUAAGAACACAACAUAAUGUACAGUGUGUUGAAAAAACUGGUGCAAACUUUUCUAGUUUUUACAAUAUUGUCACCCGCGAGGGAUUUGCUCGCUUGUUUAUGUACAGAAUUAUUUUGGCAGCAACACAAAACCUGUAAGAAGAUCAGAGAAAAUAAAUCAUUAUAGUUAAAAGACAAGAAAUAUUAUACUUAGAUUAAAAAAAACUGCAAUUAGCUAUACUACAAAAUAUUAUUUUAUUUUAUAAAAAAUAUAUAUAACUAGCGGACGCUCAUUCGCAUGGACAACCCUGAUUCUUCCAUACAAAGAUCCCCAUCUUAUUUCCCCUUUAAAUUUUUUUAAAAAUACUUUAUUAGUGAGUCUCUUUAUCUUAAACUGGAACUACUGUAUGAUUUUCAAGUUCCGCUGUUCGUAUUAUAUUGUCGAUCAGACCGUUAGUUGUAAAAUUAACAAUUUUGUAUUAUAAAUAGAUAACAUUUUAUUUUAUCUUUGUUCUUUUGUUAUGAGUAGGCUCUGAAACUAUGUUUGUUAUGAGUACGAACAGGCUCCGAAACUAUGGGACCGAUUAUGAAAAUUGUUUCACCAAUGGAAACCUACAUUAUCAGCGAGGGACAUAGGCUAUAUUUUGUACCCCUACUCCCACGGGAGUGUCAUGUCUAAUUGGGGGUCAUCCGGUCUGCUUGGAUUUUGGACAUUUACCUUAUACUAUGUACAUAUUGGAUACAUCUAGGUAAUCUGCAAUUUUCCUUAUUAAAAAUCAAAGUCAUGGGUUUUACAUCAAUAUCUGCUGCCAAAAUAAAAUCUGUACCUAAGUAAUUAAGUAUAUACUACUACUAUUUGAAUAUACGUAAUUAUUGUCAUCGUGUACUAUAGCAACGAAUAAUUUCCAAUAUUUUUUAUCUAAAUGUAUAAAAAAAAAACAAACGAAAAUGGUCCUUGGGCCCAGGAACAAAAUAUUGAUUAUUUCCUGGGCGCAGGGACUAUAAUAUAUCCUCUAUUUUUAAAAUUUUCAUCUAGAGUAGCUUUUUCAUAUUUAUCGGUACGAUAUUCUAUACUUAUUCUUUGUAUGAUGUAAGAAAACUCUACCUUUCCUAUAUUUUGAUUUUUUGAAAUAUUUGUAUUAAUUUGUUAAUUUUAAUCGAAAAGCUUAAGUAGAUAUAAUUUUGUCUUCAUAAAAUGAAACAUAAGAUCAAUUAGUAUUUACCAAAUUUUAUUUAUUUUAAUGUUAAAAAAAAUGUCAAUUUGCCAUUUGAUCUGUGCUAAAUGUAUGUAAUAAGUGUACUUUUGCGUAUAUAAUAUAUAUUUAUCAAUUACAAUAUAAAAU